GUGGAUUGUACCCAAUGAGGGUGGAAUUUGCAAUGCAGUUGGCUUGCUAUGGCCGUCUGAGAAUCGCUUUGGAGUUCUUGCAAUACAAGAGGAAAAAAUCAGGGUGUACACUUGGCAGGUUGUGUGCGGCCCACAGAUGAGUGAUGGGUGAGCUGGAGGGCUCCUACUGCGUCCUGCAGACCCCUGGAACCCGUCUGGGGGCCCAGCCCCACGCCGGAAUCAGUACCCUGGAACCGGGCCAAACCCUCAGCACGGCGAUGCCAGGCGGGAAGAAGGGCCCAGGGAAGGGGCUUCAUAUCCGGGUGCAGGGCCUGGACGAAGCCCAGGAAUUCUACCACUUGGAGACCAAGGCUGACGGUCAGAUGCUCCUGUCUGAGGUGUUCAAAAGAUGCAACCUCAUUGAGAGUGACUACUUUGGCCUGGAAUUCAUGAACUUGCAGAUGAAGUGGGCUUGGUUGGACCCAUUGAAGCUCAUUGUGAAACAAGUCAAAAGGCCCCCAAACACACUCUUCAGGUUGUCAGUCAAGUUCUUUCCCCCAGACCCUGGCCAACUACAGGAGGAGAACACCAGGUACCUGUUUGCCCUGCAGGUGAAGAGAGACCUGAUUGAGGAGAGGUUGAUCUGCUCUGAGAACACUGCAGCCCUGAUCGCCUCUCACUUGGUACAGUCGGAGAUAGGUGAUUAUGACGACAUGGCGGACAGGGAGUUCCUGAAGCUGAGUAAGGUGCUGCCCAACCAGGAGAGGCUCCAGGAGAAGAUCAUGGAGUUCCACCGAAGGCAUCUGGGCCAGAAUCCGGCCGAGUCAGACUUUCAGGUGCUGGAGAUUGCUCGCAAACUGGAGAUGUAUGGAGUACGGUUCCACCCAGCAGCUGACCGUGAGGGAACUAAGAUCAACCUGAGUGUGGCUCACAUGGGCCUGCAGGUGUUCCAGGGGAACACCAAAAUAAACACUUUCAACUGGUCCAAGAUCCGCAAGCUGAGCUUCAAGAGGAAAAGGUUCCUCAUCAAGCUCCACCUGGACACUCAUGGUCCCCACCAGGACACGCUGGAGUUCCGGAUGCCCAGCCGGGACCAGUGCAAGAUGUUCUGGAAGAGCUGUGUGGAGCACCACUCAUUCUUCCGCCUGUUUGACCAGCCACAGCCCAAGUCCAAAGCCAUCCUCUUCAGUCGAGGGUCCUCAUUCAGAUUUAGUGGGAGGACUCAAAAGCAGCUGGUGGAGUAUGUGAGAGACAAUGGCAUCCGUAGGACACCCUAUCAGAGGAGAAACAGCAGCAGGAUCCACAUGUCUUCUCGCUCCCUGUUUACCGAUGUGCCAAAGCAGAGCCUGUCGUUCAGCGAGAGCCUCAGGCUCCCUGGCCCCCACUCCUCGGCCACCUUCUCCUUCCACUCCCUGCACACCUCCAGCUCCCCGCCUCGGCCGGAGCCCCUGAAUCAGCCCCCGCCACAGCAGCAGCCAGCCUGCCCACCUAGCCCCCCAAAGGAGGACCCCAUCAAGGCUGCCCCCUCACCUCACUACGCCUUUCAAGGGUCACCCACGGACAGUCCACAGCUGUCACCCUUCGACUCCGAGAGCCCCCUCUGCCUCUUGCCCUCCUUCCAGAUGUCCACACUGAGCCUCCCAGGCCAGGCACCCUCGCCCCUGCAGAGCCCUGUCCUGAGUGAGGUGGGCAGUACCAGGCUGGAGGAGGAGGAGGAGGGGAGGAAGAAGAGGUACCCUACUGACAAGGCCUACUUCAUUGCCAAAGAGAUACUGACCACGGAGAGGACAUAUCUGAAAGACCUGGAAGUCCUUACAGUGUGGUUCCGGAGUGCUGUGAUUAAGGAGAACGCUAUGCCCGAGGGCCUGAUGAACCUGCUGUUCUCCAACAUCGACCCCAUCUACGAGUUCCACCGAGGGUUCCUCAAGGAGGUCGAGCAGAGGCUUGCUCUUUGGGAGGGGCGCUCUAAUGCACAUGCGAAAGGGGACCACCAGAGAAUUGGCGACGUGAUGUUGAGGAACAUGUGCGCUCUGAAGGAUUUCACCAGCUACCUGCAAAAGCACAACGAGGUCCUGACAGAACUGGAGAAGGCUACCAAGCGACUGAAAAAGCUGGAGACUGUCUACAAAGAGUUUGAGCUGCAGAAGGUCUGUUACCUGCCCCUCAACACCUUCCUGCUCAAGCCCAUCCAGCGCCUCAUGCACUACAAGCUCAUCCUGGAGCGGCUGUGCAGACACUACUCCCCUGAGCACAGCAACCACGAAGACUGCCAGGAGGCCUUGAAUGAGGUCACUGAGAUGGCCACCCAACUCCAGAGCAGCCUGAUCCGGCUGGAGAACUUCCAGAAAUUGACGGAGCUGCAGAGGGACUUGAUUGGCGUUGAGAACCUCACUGACUCAGGGAGGGAGUUUAUCCGGGAGGGGUGCCUGUACAAGCUGACAAAGAAGGGCCUGCAACAGAGGAUGUUCUUCCUGUUCUCAGACAUGCUUCUGUACACUAGCAAAGGGGUGACUGCUACCAACCAGUUCAAAGUUCACGGCCAGCUGCCUCUUCACGGCAUGAUUGUGGAGGAAAGUGAGAGUGAGUGCUCUGUGCCCCACUGCUUCACCAUCUACUCUGCACAGAGGACCAUCGUGGUGGCCGCCAGUUCCAAAGCAGAGAUGGGGAAGUGGAUCCAGGACCUGAACAUGGCGAUUGACAUGUCCAAGAUAUCCCAUGAAAAAUCUGAUCUCCUCAUGGACCCCAGCCUGUCCGAUCGCUCCAACAGGUCGUCAGAUGAGGUUUCUCUGGAGCAGGAGUCUGAGGAUGACGUGCACUCCUCCCGCAGUUCCCUGGACAAGCAAACGCACCACCGUGCGAACACCACCAUGCACGUGUGCUGGCACCGCAACACCAGCGUCUCCAUGUCUGACCACAGCCUGGCCGUGGAGAACCAGCUUUCUGGGUACCUAUUGAGGAAGUUCAAGAACAGUAACGGCUGGCAGAAGUUGUGGGUGGUCUUCACCAACUUCUGCCUUUUCUUCUACAAGACGCACCAGGACGACUUCCCCCUGGCCAGCCUUCCACUGCUGGGCUACACGGUCAGCACGCCAGCGGAGACCGACAGUAUACUUAAGGAGUACGUCUUCAAGCUUCAGUUCAAAUCCCAUGUCUACUUCUUCCGAGCAGAAAGCGAGUACACCUUUGAGAGGUGGAUGGAGGUGAUGAAGAGUGCGGCUAGCGCUACUGGCCGGAUGAGCCUCCUCAUCCUCAGGGACCCUCCAGAGAUCAACAGGAAGUAAUGGUCUCUGUAGGCAGAGCUUCUGGAGAUGGUGGCAGGGCCUCACGGACUCUUUGAGAAAGUAUUUAUUGCUAUUAUUAUUAUUAUUAUUAUUAUUAUUAUUAUUUCAGUGAGAAAACUGUUCUCUCUUGGUUCAGUAACAUGAAAAGACUGGAAGAGGUCAAGAUGAAUUUCAGCAGUACCUGUACACCUGUUUCAUUGCUGCUGCAUCCACAGUUUCCUCAUGUGCUGGCCUGCUCACGGGGCUCGAGUAAUGCCUGCAGCUGCGGUUUCUUUCUACACAGCAGUUCAACUGCUGAAUUGCACAGCUUUAGUACCUGAGGACUGCAACAUGGUACACAGCUUGGGCACAGACUGCAAACACCAAAUUGACAAGAGAAGUAUUUUUUGGGUAAAUGAGUAAAUGUAAAAUUGGGUAACAGAAAAAUACAUGAAUCCUGAUUAAUAUCAGUCAUAUUAUGUGGGAUAUGGUGUGACUCCAUAUCAUCUCAGACCAGAUGAAAUGCAGCCAAUUUGAAAAACUGAAUCCUCUGAAAUCUUACCUGUACUACUCUGCUAAUUGACUGCACUAAACAACUGUGACUAUUGGUUUGGGAACCGACAUGGGACAAGCUUUAAAACAAUCCUUUGAAUUAAAAAGAAAGCCACACAUUAAAUCAAAGAAGAGGAAUAUUUGCUCAGGGAAAGGAUGGUAUGCCACGCCGUAAGACACCGCAUGUGAAAGUGAUAGAGGGCAAUCCGGAAGCCAUUUUGGGGAGGGCAUUUGGAAGUGCAGGCAGGCUAUGUGUGUGUUAGAAGGUGACUUGAGAGUAGCUGAGAGUGUUUCUGAUGUUGCCAUCACACCUCUGGGAAUAGCCUGAGUUAGAGGGAUUUUUGAUGGGUGUGAGAGUGGGGCUCUGUGUGGGCCUUACUUGGUGAACACUGCCAUUCAGACAAAGGUUUGGAGAAAAAUGUAAAGCAGGGCCUGUUGAUGCAGUAACGUCUCAAGACUGCUAUGAUAGACUGAUUAUGUAAUUAUGUAAAGCUGGUGAGAUUCAACACCGACUGACUUUAUAAAGAAGUGUUGUCUACAAAUAUUUUUAACGUUUGCUUAUAACUAAGCUGUUUUGAAAGUGUCUAUUAUUUCUAUGACUGUAUUGUAUGUAUUAAAAAUAUGUAUAAAAACCUGAAUCAGUGCUGUUGGAAGGAAGCAAAUGCAGAUUGUGGUAAAAUAUCCAAAUGUGCAAGUAAACAAGAAUAAUUGUUGACCUUUUUUUAUUACUCUGAAUUGUCUUGGAGAAUGUGCUUGCGUAUUUAAACAGUUUUUCAGGAAUAAAAUGAA